AUGCACAGCACACUCGAAAAUGCGAAAUCACGAAGAACGACACAUUGUUACCAGGUGUGUCGCUUCUCACAUGAUGUGUCCUACUCCUCAUCUGUGUGUGUGUCUCCUCUUGUAUAUCCUCCCCGUAUAGACCACCCUGUAUGGUAUUAUUUCAUCGACUACGGCCUAUCCCGCCGCUUUCUUCCUGAUCAGCUGCACUUUUUGUUGGAUUGGGGUGGCCGAGAUGACGACGUUCCAGAGCUUGAGAAACACCAACCUUAUGAUCCUUUCAAAGUUGAUGUGUUUACCGUAGGGAAUGUUUUUUUUAAAGAGUUUUAUCAGAAAUAUCUUGGAUUAGAAUUUCUUUCUGAACUUAUCGAGUUCAUGAUGACUAAAGAUCCAGGAAAACGUCCAAGCUCUCAGGUGGUGCUUCAAAAAUGGCGCAAGAUCAAGACUGGGCUGAGCACCUCCACUGCUCGUUGGAGACUUCGUAGACCCGAUGAAUCGGUUGGAGAACGCGUAGUCCUUGAUACAAUCGCCGUCGCGAAGCAGGGCAUACACAGUAUAACACAUCUAUUUAACGACGAUCUGCGAACUUGGUGA